GCCGACUCUGGUACUGAGGACUCGUCCCAUAACGACAGCUCUGAAGGCGAUUCCGCCGCAAGACUUAGACUGAAGAGAAAAUUGCAGAGAAAUCGCACCUCAUUUACACCCGAACAGAUCGAGGCCCUCGAAAAAGCAAGCGAGAUUUAUAUCAAAUUUGAGAGAACCCAUUACCCGGAUGUGUUUGCCAGGGAACGAUUGGCCGCCAAAAUUGACCUACCUGAGGCUAGAAUACAGGCCUACGAUCAUAUUAUGCAGGUUUGGUUCAGCAAUCGUCGGGCCAAAUGGCGG